AUAAAGAAGCAUGGCAUUCGGAGAGGUAGAAAAAAUAAAUUCUUCCUGGUUCAUCUAAAAGAACACGAAGAGAUGGGUAUGUGCACUAGUGAUAAGACUAUCAUUGAGCGCCUUCUCGAUAAUUACAAAUCCUUCAAGACACCAUCUGAAACGGGUGUGAUAGUGUGGAUUGAGGUGUGGGUCCAAGAAGUGAAUUCUGUGAACGAGAUCACUAGCGACUUCGAUAUGGAUAUUUAUGUGACGGAACUUUGGAUGGAUCAUGCUCUACGAUAUGAUCAUAUGAGUCCAUGUAAAUACAACCUAUCACUUAAUUCAGAGAUUCUGGAUCAAAUUUGGAAACCAAAUACCGUGUUCAUUAAUAGUAAAUCGGCACAUAUCCAUAAGUCACCGUUCAAAAAUGUCUUCCUUAUGAUUUACCCAAAUGGAACUGUGUGGGUAAACUACAGAGUUCAAGUGAAAGGGCCUUGUUCAAUGGAUUUCAGCGCCUUUCCAAUGGACCGUCAGUCCUGUCAUCUCACCCUCGAAUCGUUCAGCUAUAAUAAUCAAGAGGUCGACAUGCAGUGGACUAAUUGGACAGAAGGUCUUUCACUUCUCAAGAAAGAGAUAAUUUUACCAGAUUUUGUGCUCAGCAACUACACAACCUCAAUUGAACAUCAGAUCUAUCCAGCAGGAGUUUGGAAUGAAUUAACUAUGACAUUCGUCUUCAGCCGACGAUACGGGUGGUAUAUAUUUCAAGCCUAUAUUCCCACAUACCUCACUAUUUUUAUAAGUUGGAUAAGCUUCUGCCUUGGCCCGAAGAUGAUACCUGCUCGAACGAUGCUUGGUGUGAACUCUCUUCUGGCGUUGACCUUUCAAUUUGGGAAUAUAAUGCGGAAUCUUCCUCGAGUUAGCUAUGUGAAGGCUCUCGAUGUUUGGAUGUUAGUUUGUUUGACGUUUGUCUUCUCGUCAUUGCUGGAAUUGGCUGUUAUAGGAGCAAUAGGAGCCAAAACUGAGGUAUCGCAAGGCAGUAAAUUCACAUCCCAAAUUCAGUCAAAAGCAGCAGGGUUGACUCUACGAUCGCGCUCCUCCUCUUGUACAUCACCGCGUAUUUGUCGAAAUCACAUACAGUCCGAUUCACCACAUGGAUUUCGGAGUUACGGAACGACUGAUCCACGUAUGCGAAAAAAGGUGCUUUUGGCUAAACCUGGUUCAAUUUCAAGAACAUCUAAGAUGCUUUUGUUGGACGACUGUGAAGGCAAGCCAUUCGGGCCAUCGACAGGAAGAGGGUGGUCGACGGAUCGUAUAGACCGUAUAAGCAUGAUAGCAUUUCCAUGUCUGUUCACUAUUUUUAACAUUAUCUACUGGUCAUACUAUCUCAAUUUGAGUGACUAG